AUGGCUCAAAUGUCGAUGACCGUCGAGAAGAGUAUCAAAGCUGACGUGACGGUGAGCCAUGACCGUGUGAAAAGGGCUUACGUCACUUUCCUUGCUGGAAACAAAGACUACUGGAUGGGUGUAGUUGGUCUAGCCAAGGGACUUCGUAAGGUGAAAUCUGCUUAUCCUCUUGUGGUUGCGAUUCUCCCGGACGUGCCUGAGGAACACCGUCAAAUCCUGUUGGCUCAGGGAUGCAUCAUCCGUGAGAUUGAACCGGUUUAUCCACCGGAAAACAAAACCGGUUAUUCAAUGGCCUAUUACGUUAUCAACUACUCCAAGCUUCGUAUUUGGGAGUUUGUGGAGUAUGAAAAGAUGAUUUAUCUAGAUGGAGACAUUCAAGUAUUUAGUAACAUCGAUCAUCUUUUCGAUACUCCUCGUGGCUACUUGUACGCUGUCAAAGAUUGCUUUUGCGAGAUUUCUUGGUCCAAAACUCCUCAAUUUAAGAUAGGUUACUGCCAACAAUGUCCUGAAAAGGUGACAUGGCCUGUUGAAAGUCUUGGUUCUCCACCGCCGGUAUAUUUCAACGCCGGUAUGUUGGUUUUUGAACCUAAUCUCCUCACUUACGAGGAUCUCCUUCGUGUUGUUCAAAUCACCACUCCGACAUAUUUUGCCGAACAGGAUUUUCUGAAUGAAUACUUUACAGACAUUUACAAGCCCAUCCCUUCGACCUACAACCUUGUAAUGGCUAUGCUUUGGCGUCAUCCUGAACACAUUGACCUUGACCAAAUCAGUGUUAUUCAUUAUUGUGCAAAUGGUUCGAAGCCUUGGAGAUUCGAUGAAACUGAAGAGCAUAUGGAUCGUGAGGACAUAAAAAUGUUGGUGAAGAAAUGGUGGGAUAUUUAUGAAGAUUCGAGUUUAGAUUACAAGAACUUUGUCGAGACUGAGUCCAAACUGAGUCCGAUCAAUGCAACCUUGGCUUCCAAGGAAUCUGUUGGCGAUGUCCUUAUUAGUCUUGCCCCUUCCGCUGCAUAACCAAUUCUUUAUGUGGAAGCUCUAUCUAUGCAACUUUUUUUUCCUUUUUGU